CCCUAUUCCAAACCACAAGAAACCAGCACAGGCAGGUUGCUUUGGCAGCCUGAAACUCCUUUGUCCACUCACUGUGGCUUCUCAGACUCUGAAAUAAAAGAUUAGAGAAGGCUCGUCAUCUAGCAGCAAGACACAACCGUCAAACUUAUCUGUUCCUGCCCAGGAAAGGCCUGGAGGAAGAGGCCACCAAACAACUCAGUCUUCUCCCCAGUGCAUUGACUGCCAGCAUCUGGAGACCCAAUGGCCCAAACCUACUGGCACCGCUGCCCCUGGCUUGUUCUCCUCUGCGCAUGUGCCUGGAGUUACCCAAAGCCUAUGUACCUUGGAAGAGAAGAUGUGAGAAACUGUUCAACCAACCCCCCGCACCUGCCAGUUACUGCAGUCAAUACAACAAUACGGCUAGCAGCCCUCCGCCAGCAAAUGAAGGCCUGGAAUCUCUCUGCCUACAUCAUCCCAGACACAGAUGCACACAUGAGUGAGUAUAUUGGCAAACAUGAUGAGAGGCGUGCAUGGAUUUCAGGCUUCACGGGAACUGCAGGUACUGCUGUGGUGACCAUGGGGAAAGCAGCUGUCUGGACUGAUAGUCGUUACUGGACUCAGGCUGAGAGGCAGAUGGACUGCAACUGGGAACUCCAUAAGGAAGUUGGUGUUAGUUUGAUUGUCAGCUGGAUCCUUGCUGAAGUGCCUGAUGGAGGGCAUGUGGGCUUCGACCCCUUCCUCUUCUCUGUUGAUUCCUGGGAAGAGUAUUCUCUGAAAUUCCAAGGCUCCAACAGGCACCUGAAAUCUAUUACAACCAAUCUUGUCGACCUGGUAUGGGGAUCAGAGAGGCCUCCAGUGCCAAACUCACCCAUUUAUGUCCUGCCAAAAGAAUUUACAGGGAGCACUUGGGAGGAAAAAGUAUCCACCAUCCGAAACCAUAUGCAGAAACACACCAUGGCUCCAACUGGUCUCCUUCUAUCAGCACUUGAUGAGACAGCCUGGCUCUUCAACCUUCGCAGCAGCGAUAUCCCUUAUAACCCCUUCUUCUACUCCUACACACUGCUCACGAACUCUUCUAUCAGGUUGUUUGUCAACAAGAGUCGCUUUAGCCUUGAAACCCUGCAGUACCUGAAUACAAACUGUACAUCACCCAUGUGUGUGCAACUUGAGGACUACAGUCAAAUUCGUGACAGUGUGGAGGCCUAUGCCUCAAACAACGUGACAAUCUUGAUUGGGGUCAGCUAUACCACCUAUGGUCUCUAUGAAGUGAUACCCAAGGAGAAACUCGUGACAGAGACCUACUCCCCAGUGAUGCUAAUCAAGGCUGUGAAGAACAGCAAGGACCAGGCCCUCUUGAAGGCCAGCCAUGUACGGGAUGCUGUGGCUGUGAUCCAGUACUUGGUCUGGUUGGAGAAGAACGUGCCCGAAGGCACGGUGGAUGAGUUUUCUGGGGCAGAACACAUUGAUGAGUUACGACGGAAAGAAAACUUUUCCUCAGGACCCAGUUUUGAAACCAUCUCUGCUAGUGGCUUGAAUGCUGCCCUGGCACAUUACAGCCCAACCAAAGAGCUGCACCGCAAGCUGUCCACAGAUGAGAUGUACCUGGUGGAUUCUGGGGGGCAAUACUGGGAUGGGACCACAGAUAUCACCAGAACAGUACAUUGGGGCACCCCUACUGCCUUCCAAAAAGAGGCCUAUACACGUGUACUAAUGGGAAGCAUCGAUCUGUUCAGACUUGUAUUUCCUGCUGCUACAUCAGGGAGAAUGGUAGAAGCCUUUGCUCGAAGAGCCUUGUGGGAAGUUGGGCUCAAUUAUGGUCAUGGGACAGGCCAUGGCAUUGGCAACUUCCUCUGUGUGCAUGAGUGGCCAGUGGGAUUCCAGUAUAACAACAUUGCCAUGGCCAAGGGCAUGUUCACUUCAAUUGAACCUGGAUACUACCAGGAUGGAGAAUUUGGAAUUCGUCUUGAAGAUGUGGCCCUUGUGGUGGAAGCAAAGACUAAGUACCCAGGGACCUACCUGACUUUUGAAGUGGUGUCCUUUGUGCCAUAUGACCGAAACCUCAUCGAUGUCAGCCUGCUCUCUCCAGAGCAGCUCCAGUACCUGAAUCACUACUACCAGAUCAUUCGUGAGAAGGUUGGCCCAGAACUUCAGCGUCGUCAGCUGCUGGAGGAGUUUGCGUGGCUGGAGAAGCACACAGAGCCCCUGUCAGCCAGGGCCCCUCAUACCACCUCCUUGACCUCUAUGUGGGUAGCCUUCACUCUUGCCAUCCUCAGCUGGAGUAGCUAGAGGCUUCGGAUUCUCCUGCUGAUUGUUCACUUAGCUUUAGGAUUCAUUUGCUACUGCUCAGCUACUCUCCAUCUGUGCCAUAUAUGUACCAAGAGCCCCUGCUGACCCAUCGCCUUGAAGUCACUAUCCUAAGCUUCCUCCAGAGUCAGAGCCAGGCAGCAUACUCUACCUUCUUCCAGAUGUCCAUAACUCAUCAUGCACUUCCAACUAUGGGCCGGCCCUAGGAUAGUGGAGCCACAUAGCCUGCCUGCUACAGUGAGUCCCUCUUUCCCAAAAUAAAGGACCCUAUGGGGGUAUUACUCCAUGGGCCCAGAGGAGCCCAUCCUAUCUCCACCCACUAGAAAGGGCCAGGGCUGUUAGCAUCCACACUCACUCCAGACUUUUUAAGGCUAUCACUGGUCACCCUUACUUACCCCCAGGGCCUUCCUUGACCUCCUGGCCAUAGACUAUGGAGCUGAAGGAAUAUGACUGACUCAUACCUGUGUGCUGUAUCUGGAGAAGGAGGCAACUGGGUGUUCUGGUUGCUGACUACUACUCUAGUGUUAGGAAGAACAGAGAAGUGGAAGUCAAUUGUGGCCUGGAACUGGAGACAUCAGUAGGCAACACGUAUCAGUCCCCUCCCCACAUGUAAACCCACAGCUCCUAAACCACCAAUGUGCUCCUUGACAAGUGAUCACAUAGGGAGCUAAGGUGUAGGACUUUCACCAUGAAGUAAAAGAGGGAAUGGUGAAGUUUUCUGGAAUGUGGGCAGCCACCCUCUCCCAGACUCCUCUGACACUCAGGUAGCAUCUUAAUCUUCUAAGGUGGAGCCACCAUGACAAUGUCUCUCAUAUCUUUGAAAAACUCUGAAAUUUAUGUGGGCAGACUCUGAUUUCCUGGAAAUUUUUAGAUAGGAAAACUGACUUUCAGACAGGAGGUGUGGCCUGCCUGGGGAGACUCAGCACUUGGUGAGGAGAUGGGGCUAGGAGAUGGUGGAGGCAGAUGGGUUGGUGCUCUAGUUCCUUUGCCCACCAGCAUUGUGCCAAGUCUCUUAGCCUAUAUCUUAGCCACCGCCUCAUUUACUGAACCCACUGCCAUCAGCAUUUCCUUCGGUCUGGCCCUAACGAGCUGUUAGCCACCUGGGCUCACAUCCUGCUAGAUGCUUAAAACAACUUUGCAAAGA